AUGGCUAUGGCGGCGGCGGUGCUGCUCGCGGUGGCCGCCGUGGUGAUGGUGGAGGUGGCCGCGGCGGCGACGUACACGGUGGGCGCGCCGGCUGGGCUGUGGGACAUGCAGACGGACUACGCGGAGUGGGUGAAGACCAAGACCUUCCACCCCGGCGACAACAUCACGUUCACGUACUCGCCGGAGCUGCACGACGUGGUGGAGGUGACGGAGGCCGGGUACGACGCCUGCUCCAGCGCCAACAACAUCUCCGCCUUCCGCACCGGCAACGACGUCGUGGCCCUCGCCGCCGUCGGCACGCGCUACUUCCUCUGCGGCCUCACGGGCCACUGCGGCAACGGCAUGAAGAUCCGCGUCGACGUCGUCGCAGGGGGGACCGCGCCAGGACCCGCGCCCGCGGCGUCUUCCACCACCACCGCGGCCUCGCCCGCCGUUUCCGGGUUCGGCUCCGGCCUCCUUGUAGCCGUCGUGACGGCGGCCUUCUGGUAG